AUGGAGACACAAUGCGACAACUCAAUUCCUUUUCUAGACGUUCUCAUCACCAAGACACCAUCAGAAUUCCCGUCUCACCAGGUGUACCGGAAACCCACCCACACCGACCGCUACCUCAACUUCCACUCGCACCACCACCCAUCCGUCCACCAAUCAGUCGCCGACACUCUCAUCAGACGAGCCCACCAACUCAGCGAUAAGGCACACCUUCAGCAGGAACUCAAACACGUCACCCAUGCACUCACCACGAUCAACCAAUACCCCAGGAUAAGGAUCAACACUCAACCUUCCCGCCACCAACUCAGCACCAACAGCACCGAAACCCCAUCCAAAACCAAGCCUAUCGCCACCAUAGUACUUCCCUACAUCGGCAAGACUUCACACCGACUACAACGUAUCCUCCACUCUGCCAACAUUCUCGUCAGACACCAAUCCUCUCGCAAGCUACACUCCAUCCUUCACUCUUACAAGGACAAGCACCCAUCCAACAAGCAACCAGGCGUCUACAAGAUCCCCUGCGACUGCGGCAAAGUCUACAUCGGGGAAACCGGCCGAGACUUCGACAUCAGACUCAGGGAACACAAGACCCACCACCGACGCAGCGACUGGGACAGAUCUGCCAUCGUCAAGCACGCACAACACGAAAAUCACCGCAUAGACUGGGACAAGAGCCACCUAAUCACCAACAUCCGUCACUGGAAUACCAGAAGGGUUAGGGAAGCUAUCGAGAUACACUAA